AAAGUUUUCUCGAUGGCGCUCGUGAUGGAGCCGGUGAGCAAAUGGAGCACGAGUCAGGUGGUGGACUGGAUGAAAGGUCUGGACGACUGCCUGCAGCAGUACGUGUGUGUGUUUGAGCGCGGCGGCGUGUGCGGCGAGCGCCUGCUGAGGAUCAGCCACGGGGAGCUGGAGGAGCUGGGCGUGUCGCGCAUCGGACACCAGGAGCUCAUCCUGGAGGCCGUGGACCUGCUCUGUGCCCUGAACUCGGGUCUGGAGACAGAGAGUGUGAGGACUCUGGCCCACAAGCUCGGCGCCUCGGCCAAGAACCUCCAGAACUUCAUCUCCGGCCGCCGCCGCAGCAGCCAAUCAGAGAGCAGGACCUCCCGUCGCCUUCCGAAUGACCUUUUGACCUCUGUGGUUGACCUUAUCACAGCUGCCAAGAGCCUGCUGGCCUGGCUGGACAGGUCCCCGUUUGCGGCGGUCGCUGAUUACUCUGCAACCAGGAACAACGUCAUCCAGCUCUGCCUAGAGCUUACCACCAUCGUACAGCAGGACUGUACGGUGUUCGAGUCGGAGAACAAAAUCCUGCACGUGUGUAAGACCCUGUCGGAGGUGUGUGAACACAUAGUGUGUGUGUCCUCGGACCCCCUGGUGUCCCAGUCGGCCCACCUGGAACUGGUCCACCUGACCAACAUCAAGCCCGCUGAGGGGCUGGGAAUGUACAUCAAGUCAACCUACGAUGGCCUACAUGUGAUCACAGGGACCACGGAAGGGUCCUCGGCUGACCGCUGUAAGAAGAUCCAUGCAGGAGAUGAGGUCAUCCAAGUCAACCACCAGACUGUGGUGGGCUGGCAGCUGCGUAACCUGGUGGGCUCCCUGCGGGCCGACAAGGGGGCGGUGUCUCUCACGCUGAAGAAACGCCCCCAGAGCACCCUCAGCUCUGCCCCCGCGCUGCUCAAGAACAUGCGCUGGAAACCCCUGGCCCUGCAGUAUGACUCUGGCCCGCCCCUCCAGAUGACUGCGUACCUGGAAGGCAGAACGACUCGCCUGUCGUCUACGGAGACAUCGCGCUCACGAUCCUCCCAGGAGGACUUCCUGUGCACUGACCCCACCCUGGUGGGGAACAGAGGGGGAGAGCCGCAGUACCACCCCGGCCCUCUGGGGGGAGCUACCACGCACAGUGGCAGGGGGCCAGGGGGCAGCAGCAGUAGCGACGUGCCCUUCCGCUGUGACCCGGUGGACUACCGCUCCAGUCCAGCAGGGGGCAGCAGUGAGACGGGCUCCCCGGGCCGCUCCUCGUCGUCCCAGAGGAGGUCCUGGCAGGACCUAAUCGAGACCCCGCUGACAGAGGCAGGGCUCCACUACCUGCAGACCGGACCCCUGGAGGACGCCGUGUUUGCCGAGCCGUCGCCGCCCUCCAUGGCGCUGGGGGGCGGGGUUUACACGCUCCCGGCGCAGAAGAACAUCCCGUCGCUCAUGACGAUGCAGAGGACGGUUCCCGCGACGACCCACGGCGGGAAACCCCGCAGCUUCACCCUGCCGCGAGACGGCAGCCUCCACGUGCUGCUGACCCCAGCCGCCCAGGAGGACCUCGGCGGACACACAGGUGCGCUCGGUCCUCACGGCGGAGGAGGGGAGGGCGCAUCCCUGGGCGACCUGUUCCGUGCGUGCGAGCAGGGGGGCGUGUGCCCUCUGGGGCGGGGGUCAGAGGUCAGGGGUCAGUCGGAGUUCAGGCAGUCGUUUCUGCGCCGCGCCGCCGACCCCCAGCUCAACGACCAGCUACACCGCCUCCGCAUCCUGACCUCCACGCUAAAGGACAGGGAAGGGGAGCUAGCACUGAUUGACAGGCUGUUGGCCAAUCCGACGCUGUCGUCCAUCGAGUUCCAGGAAUGGAAGAGAGCCUAUCAGGAGCUGUUCUCUAAGGAGCCGCCUCCGCUGGCGUCACCGCCCGACGACCAAUCAGAGCAAGCCCCGCCCCUGACCCCGUCGCUCUCACACACGCACUCCUACAUCGAGACUCACGUCUGACGGACGAACGUGCGAAGACACACAAAACACACGCACACACGUACGAACUCCCCACCUGGCUGUCGUUUUGCGACACACACACACACACACACACACACACACACUUUGCUUUCACUCCAUCGUGUUUGGACGUCGUGAGCAGGAAGCAC